AUGACCGACGUGAUAGACCAGGCCACGGAGGUCCAGGUCCCCGUGGGCCAAGAGGAAGAACAGAAAAUGGCGCUCACCACGACAAAUACCGAGGUCGCUGCGCCAACAGAGAAGAAGGUCAAGAAGAUCAUCCGCAAAAAGAAGCGACCGGCGCGCGUGCAAAUGGAUCCUGACGAGCUCACGUCCGAGCCGCCGCCACAGACGGGCACGAUUUUCAACAUUUGGUACAACAAAUGGGCGGGAGGCGAUCGCGAGGACAAAUACCUAUCUCAAACCAAAGCCAAGGGGCGGUGCAACAUCGCAAAGGACAGCGGCUACACCAAGGCAGACGCUGUCAACGGGAGCUACUUCUGUCUGCACUUUGCGCGGGGCAUUUGUACAAAGGGCCAGGACUGCUCCUACCUACAUCGCUUGCCAGGCCCAUUUGACAUGUUCAACCCGAACGUCGACUGCUUUGGGCGUGACAAACACUCCGACUACCGCGAUGACAUGGGUGGUGUGGGAAGUUUCAUGCGCCAGAACCGCACGGUGUAUGUGGGGAGAAUACACGUCACGGACGACAUUGAGGAGAUUGUGGCCAGGCAUUUCGCCGAAUGGGGGCCUAUUGAGCGCACUCGCGUCCUGAACAGCCGCGGUGUGGCGUUCAUCACAUAUACCAACGAGGCGAACGCACAAUUCGCCAAAGAGGCCAUGGCGCAUCAAUCCCUCGACUCGGACGAAGUUCUCAACGUACGCUGGGCAACCGCCGAUCCGAACCCCAUGGCCCAGGCCCGCGAGGCGCGACGAAUUGAAGAACAAGCGGCUGAUGCGAUCCGACGCGCACUACCUGCAGAGUUCGUGGCAGAGAUUGAGGGCAAAGAUCCCGAGGCGAGAAAGAGGAGGAAAAUCGAAAGCAGCUACGGACUUGAGGGUUACGAAGCACCGGACGAAGUUCACUUUGCUCGAGGCACCAACGCAGUCAACCCCUUGGGACGGGAAGGGUUCGCGAUGGAAUACCAAGAACCUCUGAUGCUGGAGAAUGGCCAGGCAGGCGAUACUCCCACUGCGGAAGAAACCGGACAAUCGCCACAAGAGCAGCAGCAGCAGCAACAAGAACAAGCAGGGAUCUUCUCGAGCAGUACCUUGGCGGCGCUCAACAAGGCUCAGGUGGCAUUGACGGCGAAACCGCAAGCAGCAGCAGGGCCAUUGGUGGCCUACGACAGUGACAGUGACUGA